CAAUCACUCGCAUAAUUCAUUCUAGCGCCAUCAAGCACUAUAAACCUCCCGUCUACAAUCCUUUCCUAAGUUCUCUACCACAAUGUCAAGUGAACACAUCGGAGGCAUCGCGGACGGCCUCGCUCCCUCACACACAUACGUGCCAAAUCAUGGCUAUGUGAAUGCUGAUGUGGUGCCGCCCCGGAGAAGAAUAACGCUGGGCCAAUUUAUCCAAGAAGAUGACGAAGACGACGACGUGGAAGAUGAGGAAGGUGCAGAUACAGAGGGGAACGGCGAUGGGCAAGAAGACCUCUAUGACGAAGCAGCGGGCCGUGAUGACCAGGUCCUCGACCCUGAGGACCUUGCCACCUCCAACCCCGCGGACCUGACAAAAUCGUAUAACAGACGAAGACGUCUCGAUGAAGCAACUUCAGACCCCAGCGUUCCCUCUUGGCAGUAUCCCAAGGCAAAUCCGCAGCAAAAGUCUUCUCAAGGAUCAGCGGCCGCCAACUUGCACCGCGACAUGAAGGAACUCAAAUUUUCCGGCUGGGGCGAGGACGAGGACGGCCGUCGCACCAAGGACAAAGACAAGAGCGAGCGCGCGACGGCCGAGCAAGUCCUGGACCCCAAAACGCGCCUGAUCCUCUUCUCGAUGAUCCAGAAGGGCAUCGUCUCUGAGAUCCACGGGACCAUCUCGACGGGCAAGGAAGCCAACGUCUACCACGCCGUCGCCGCGUCGGAGGACGACUCGCAAGAAGACACUCACGUCGCCAUCAAGGUGUACAAAACGUCCAUCCUGGUGUUCAAAGACCGCGAAAAGUACGUGACGGGCGAAUUCCGAUUCCGCAAGGGAUACAAAACCAGGGACAACCGGGCGAUGGUGAAGAUGUGGGCGGAGAAGGAAAUGCGAAACCUCAAGAGGAUUCACGCCGCGAGGAUCCCUUGUCCCGAACCGCUCUACCUCCGACGGCACGUCCUGGGCAUGAGUUUUAUUGGGAACGGCAAAAAGGGCAAAGCGGCACCUCGGCUGAAGGACCUGGGGUUUGAGGACGAAGACGAAAGUGCGAGGUGGCGGGCCAUCUACAUUGACGUGGUGUGCUACAUGCGCAUCAUGCUACAGGUCUGCAAACUCGUCCACGCCGACUUGAGCGAGUACAACAUCCUGUACCACGACAACAGGCCGUACAUCAUCGACGUGAGCCAGAGCGUGGAGGGAGACCACCCGCGCAGCCUGGACUUUCUGCGCAUGGACAUCAAGAACGUGAGCGACUUCUUCCGACGGAAGGGCGUCAACGUGCUGGCGGAGCGCAAGGUGUACGAGUUCGUCACGAAAGCCGCGGCCGCCGGCGCGCAGAGCUUGGACAUCGAGGAGCUGCGGCAAGAACUUGACAGGCUGAUGGCGGAGCGGACGGAAGAUGACAAGGAAGAGGACGAGGUCGACAACGAAGUCUUCCGCCAGCAGUAUAUCCCGCAGACGCUGGAUGAAGUGUACGACGCGGAGAAAGACGCAGAGACGCUCCAGACGCAGGGACGAGAGGCGCUGGUGUACAAGGACCUGCUGGCGCCGCUGCGAAGCGAAGACGCACCCGCAGCCGUGGAGUCGACACCAGUCACCCUGCGGAGCGAUGACCAUGACCGAGGCUUUGUCGACAGUGGCCUAGGCGACGGUCAAAGACAAAACGAUCUGGACGAAGAAGGCGGCGCGCCCCUCCGCUCCGACGCGUCCGACGCGUCUGCCGCAUCCAACGACGAAGAUUCGGAUGCCUCCUCGUCCUCCUCCUCGCCGGGCCGGCCGCGCGGCAAGCGGUUCCAGGACAAGGACGCCAAGCGGCAGCACAAGCAGAAGGUCAAGGAGGAGAAGCGGGAGAAGAGGAGCCAGAAGAUGCCCAAGGCGACCAAGAAGAAGCUGGUCAAGGACUCGGCGCGGCGGAGCAAGCGGUGACAGAUGGGUGGAUAGGUAGAUGCAUAGAACGGUAGAAAAGAUACCAAUGCACUGCGGCGUGAUUGUCAUUGUAUAGCAGCCUGCUAUGUUUGCAUUUUACAAGUCGGCUUGGAAGUCGCCUUUCUCAAGGACAACAGCCUUGGAAAAUCGCAUGGAAAGGAAAGCUGGAAUAUCUGACGUGGGUGCAAAGAGACUGGAUUCAAGACUGUCGUAAUCUUCGAUCCCUUGCUUCCAAGCCGCGUUUUGAAUGGUCGUCAGUGUCCUGGCGCAGGG